AUGUCACGUCAAAAUACAGUUCCCAGCUCAGAUAACCCGUCCGAAAAUGUCAGUGCACUCAUACCACUUUGGGACAUGUUCAAUCACCGCAGCGGAAGACUGUCGACCGAUUUCGUCAAGUCGAGCAAUGUGUGCGUGUGCUACGCGGACGGCGACUACGCUGCUGACGAACAAGUGUACAUAUUCUACGGGGUGCGGACCAACGCCGACUUCUUGGUGCACAACGGGUUCGUGUACCCGGACAACGAACAUGACGCCGUCAAGAUACGGCUUGGCGUCUCCCGGUCCGACCCGCUCUACUCGCUCCGGUACCGCUUGCUCCAGACGCUCUCGCUGCCCGCCCUCGCAGAGUUCUACCUCACGCCCGGACCGUUUCCCGUCGACGGAAAGCUCCUCGCGUUCGUCCGCAUCUUUAACAUGGACCAAAAAACUUUGGACGAUUGGAUACAAAUGGAAGAGAAACAUUGCCUGAACUUAACACUACUAGACGGUACUCUCGAUCCUGCCCUCGAGACCAAGUGCUGGGAAUUCCUGCAAGUCAGGAUAAAUUUGUUGAUAAAGCAGUAUCCAGCACCAUCGGAAAAAGCGGACAAUCUGUCAACGUUUCAACAGCUGGCCCAUACUCAGAUACAACUGGAAUUGGACAUAUUGAAAAAUGCUUUGGUAUAUGUUAAACAACACUUAGACGUUGUGUUAAAGUCAUAA